AGAUGAUUUCUGCUUCUCAGACUCAUUCGUCUAUCACUCAUCACCUACCAAAACAGCGAGAGCAAGAGUUCUGAGCUCCCAUGGCGAUUCUCUCGAUGACUCUGUCAAAUCCGAAGUCGUUCUCAGCUGCUCCACGAAGACUUCCUCAAAUCAAUACCUUCACUCUCUCACGUAACUCUGUUCGAUUGGGAACCAAAUCCACCAUCGAUUCCAUCGCCUUUUCGUCCUCAGCUCCCUUCUCGGCCUCGUCGCUCCUCCUUCACCAUACAUCUCCCACCAAAACAAACCACCGCUGCUUCUCGGUUCAAUCGAAUGCUGAGGCUUUAACGGAACCCCAAUCGAAAAUAACACACAAGGUGUAUUUGGAUAUAAGUGUUGGAAACCCAGUGGGAAAAUUAGCUGGGAGGAUUGUGAUUGGAUUGUAUGGUGAUGAUGUACCCCAGACUGUGGAGAACUUCCGUGCUCUAUGCACAGGUGAGAAGGGAUUUGGAUACAAGGGUUCUACAUUCCACCGUGUCAUCAGAGAUUUCAUGAUUCAGGGAGGAGACUUUGAGAAGGGCAAUGGAACUGGAGGUAAAAGUGUAUAUGGCCGCACAUUCAAGGAUGAGAAUUUCAAGUUAUCCCAUGUUGGACCAGGAGUUCUGAGUAUGGCAAAUGCUGGUCCUAAUACUAAUGGUAGUCAGUUCUUCAUCUGCACUGUUAAGACUUCAUGGUUGGACGGAAGGCAUGUGGUGUUCGGGCAAGUUAUAGAAGGAAUGGAUGUGGUGAAGCUGAUAGAGGAACAAGAGACAGACAGAGGAGACCGUCCCAGAAAGAAAGUGGUGAUUGCAGACUGUGGUCAACUUCCAAUCUCUGAAGCUUAAGUACCAAUCUAAAAACUUGUGACAUGACAUGGAGCUAUUAUGUGUUUGCAUUUUUACACGCUUUCUUUUGUGAAAUGGAUUAUAUCCUUUCUUAAUACUGUACAUCUGUUUCUUCUUUGUGACUCUUUGUUUUUCCAAAAAGAGGAAGGGCCAAGUUUGACCUGA